AUGAGUGAAUUGGGCAUUGGUUGCAAGGAAGAAGAUGGUGUUUCAAGUUUUAAGAGGAGUAUGAGUAAGAUGGCAGCACUGGAGAAAGAGUCUCUUGCAAGGAAAAACAUUACAGGGCCUGGAAACCUUGUUUCAAUAAGGGUUGACCGAAUAGAGGGGAAGAUAAAAAGUCCAGAAGGAAACUUUGUGGAGAUUAAGAAACGAUUGUUUGAGAGUGGAAUGGACGAUAACAGAUGUAUGAAUGGAAUAAGUGUAAAAUGCAUGGUUGAGAACCUUAAUGAAGAAGUGACGUGUAAGAAUGAGUUGAGUGAUGUAUGUGAUAGAGAGUUGAUGGAGGCGGAUACAAUAAAAACAAAUGGCGUGGAAAAUUCGAAAAUUGUUGAGGAGUACAAGGCAUGCAUAAAGGAGGUAAUGUGGAGUGAGGAACCCAUGUACAAGGAGGAGGGAUGUAUUGAUGAUUGUAAAGAGGAGCGUCUUGAGAAUGUCAAAAGGAAGCUUCUUGCAGAGCUUGAUGAUGAGAAGGAUGAGACAAGCACGGAGAUGGUAAACAUGGUGAUGCAGUCGAAGGAUGUAGUGACUGUAGAUGUAAUUGAACAGGAAGUGGAAUAUGUAGAUGUUGUGCAGGAAGGUAGUGAUAGCGAUAUAAAGCAGUAUGGCAUGAACUGCAAUGUUCAUGUGUGUGAUGCACACUAUAAGAUUUCUGACCUCUCUCGAGGUAGCAGGUCAUCUUCUCAGGCAUCCAUCUGUACAAACGAUAUACAAGAGCAGGAAGGAAGUUAUGAAGGUGAUCAUAACAAAAGUGAAUUCACAGAAACAGAGAAAGACACCCUGGAUGGGUUUGUGGUGUAUCAGGAUCCUGAUGAGAAGCCAGAGGAGAAAGGAUGGUUUUCAAGGCUUUUUGCAUCUGUAUUCUCUAUGUGCUGUUUUCAAGACCGAUCGGAAUAA